CAAUGUGACGUCAGUUUGUUGUCGUUUGCAUCAGCUGACUCGAUUUCUUGGUAUGAACUAUAGUCUCCUGUGAUCAUUGUGGUUGAGGGGCGCUGGAUAACUUGUGAUUACUUGAAGAUUACGCUAAAACAUCAUUGAAAUACCGGUGGCCAGGAUAUCAAGUUGAGGGUUAGUGUAAAGACGGUGCUUCAGAAAGUGACAAUAUAUCAGCUCUGACUGCACACGUACAAUGGCUGAGAAAAGAAUGUUGGUAGCUUUAGGACUAUUCUUCAUAGUGUUAUGCACAGUGCCUGCAACAGCUGCUUGGGGUAGCAGUGAUGAAAGUAUUUUGUUAAAAGAUGUAGAGGUACUCACAUUAUAUAAUGGCAAGAUGACUAAAGGAAAGCGCUCCUCACCAGUUCCACAGUUAAUGUGUGUCAAAGGAGGUACUGCACCAUGUGAUGCCUUCCAUCCCCGUGUGGUGCAAUGUUACAACCGGGGAUGGGAUGGACUUGAUGUACAGUGGGAGUGCAAGACUGACAUGGACAAUGCAUUCAGGUUUGGUGAAAUUGAGGUCUCGUGUGAGGGUUACAGUCACAAAGAUGACCCCUUUAUCUUGAAAGGAUCAUGUGGCCUGAGAUAUUCAAUAGACUACACCAAGGAAGGCCUCAAUCAGAAGCAGGGUUAUCACAAUUAUUAUGGUGACCAAAAUACAGGAUAUGGAAACUCUCAUCAAGCCUAUGGAACUGAAAAAUCAUCAUAUUCAACCAUCUUUGCUAAUAUUAUUGUACUAAUUGCAUUUGCUCUUAUGUGUUGGGCUUUCUAUGUAUCUUGUUUCCGAUCUUCACGGAACAUUGGCCAGGAUGCCUACAGUAACACAAAUGAUGAUUACCCAGCAGGUGGUGGUGGUGGUGGUGGAUAUGGGUGGUUUGGUUCUGGUGGAACUGCACCUUCAGCCCCACCUCCUCCAGGCUACAGAGAUGAUGCUUCUUGCAGGAACCGCACAUCUGGAGCUGCAACAGGUAGUGGUGGUGCUGGAGGUUUCUGGACGGGUGCUGCUACUGGUGGCUUACUUGGAUACAUGUUUGGUGUCAGAGGCAACAAUGGAGGUUAUAGACAACAAAGGCCUUGGUCAUCAGGUUGGGGAAGCCAUGGAGGAGGCUUCUCUAGUAGCCAUCAUAGUGGUGGUGGUGGUGGCUCUACAGGAACUCGUGGAGCAUCAGGUUUUGGUGGUACUAGUAGGCGAUAGAAAUAUGAUUGUGACUUAAACAUGGGUGUGAUUUCAUUGAGCUGUAGUUGUUUUUAAUCAUGAAAAGGGUGCAAAUGAUUUGAGUAACUGUGACCAUAUGAUAUUUAACCAUUUUAAAGGUUAAUCAUAUGUUGAUCCCUGGGCUAAUUUGGUUGUCAUCAUUUGGCAAUUUUAGCUACUGCUUGGUCUUUAUGAAAAUGCUGUAAUAUUGGUUAUAAUAAAUCAAUAUGGUUGUAAUGAAGUUAGCAAAAACCCAAGGCAUAUAAUGGUGAGAUCACGACUUGAUAUAUAGAAGAAAAUGUAGUUUUUUAAUUGCAUGCUAUACAAUAAAAUUAUGGUGCACCAGUAGCCAGCAAUUACCUCUGGCUACAAGACUCUGCCAGAAACAGGUUUAAAUGCUAUACUGUAUAGAUGUACAUUAUAUUUUUGGCCUAUGUACAUGUGUUCAGUUUUUUUUUUAUUUUUAAUUGUGUACAUAGUGGUUAUUAAACACAAAAUACAUAAUGUAAAUUAGUAAGUGACUCUUGAAUACUAAAUUACAUUUUUAGUUGAAUCCAUUGUGCAUAAAUGUAAAGUAUUUAUCACUUUGUAAUUUCUGUACAGUAUUCAUUGCUCUCAUCGAGUAGAUAAUGCCUUGAAUCAUCCAGCUUUUAUUAUAGUUGUACAUGCUGUGGUUUUACAAGUUUCUCAUAUCAAUAUUUGUACUCUGGUGCAGACAUUUAUUUAUUUUGUUCAAUAGAAUUCUUGGUAACUCGGAUACUUUCGAUAUCGGUCGCCUUAUGCGUUUUUGUUCUCGUAUUGGCAUCUUUGGUGAUACUUAGCGCCCUCUGAUUAUUCCGCACAUUUGAUGGUGCUACAUAGCCUUCCCGGUUUGGUGCCUUCUUUUGAUAAUUACUUACUUAUUUAUUUUGUUUCUAAAAUAUAGUAAAAUUACAAAGGAGCUCUAUUUAAAAUAUUACUAAAUGGACAUAGUAGUAAGGUUUUGUUGAAACUGUUAGUGUCAUCCUUCCAGUUUUGCAUAUCCUAAUGUAAUUUAUUGAUUAUUUUAAAGAUUUGUGAAUGGUUGUUAAAAAUUUGUCUAAAAAAAGGUAAAGUACACUGGAGUUUAGUACUGUGCUGGAAUUUAAUACGGGACUUGUUUGCAUUGUUAAGGACAGUUGUAAAGAACAAUGUAAUAAUCAUAUUUUAACUGUAUGGCUUUUAUUUUAUUGUUUAUUUUUUGUGUGAAUAGAGGUAUUUGGAUUUACAUAAAAAUUGUGUAUUUGUCAUUACUGCAGUAUAUACUAGAGUACUUCAUAUGGACUAAGCAGUAAAAUUUUACAUUGCCCUUUCUCUGUUAUUUACGUGAUCAACAUAAUAUAAUUUUUUUUUAUCAUUUUUGUACUUGUGUAAUGAGGAAUUGUACUGUAGAUUCACUGUUUGGUAGUGAGGAAAAGUUAGAACUUUGAAGGAUUAUUAAAUAAAGAGCUUUGUCGUGA